AUGGAAUUUGACUUACGGUUCAAUUUCAUGCCAAUAUUUUCUAUCAUUUUAUUAAUAUUUGCCAUAAUCACUACCGUCUUCCAAAAACUCAAAUUAAGGUGGCCUGUAAAAGUAAACUGCUGGUUUUGUAAUACUAACACAAAGAUUUGGCGACAACAGCUUAAUUGGUGGAUGUGUCCAUGUUGUGAACAAUAUAAUGGUUUUUCUAAGAAUGGUGAUUACGCAUAUAAUAUACCAAAACAGUACAAGACACCGUUGAAUGAAAUAAAACAAUACUGCACAAUCAAUCAGGACACAACAACCAAUAAAAUUGCAAAUAAUGGCUUGUGCAAACAAUGUAAUAAGAAUGAAAGUUUAAAAAUGUCAAAAUUAUCUGAUUACAUACCUCAAAGUGAAAAAAAUUAUGAGUAUGAGAUAAAAAAGUUUAAAGAUAGUUUGGAACAACAAUAUCCAUUAUGUACAAAGUGUAAAACCACAGUACAUACUGUGUUAUAUAAACAAGCAUUAUGGCUUACACAAUAUAAAAUGUUGUUUUUCAAACAAAAACCCUUUUGUAUUAUUACUAAUAACAGAAAAUACUGUGAACCAAUAUGCAGAAUAAUUUCCACAGUUUUGGGCUCAAUGGUAGCAUAUAACAUGGAAUUCAUACUUGUGCCAAUUGGAGGAUUAUUUUUUCAAUUUUGUGCUUGCUGGAUAACUCCUACAAAAAAACAAAGUUCUGAUAUAUUACUUAUGUUUUUAUGGAUUUGUAUGAUUAUACUCUUGCCUUUUAAAGACACAAAAUUAAUUAAAGCAGAUCUACAGAAUACAUGGCUUUCUCUUGAAUAUGUAACUCAAUAUCAUAUGAAAAUAUUAUUUAUUUCAAUUAUAGGCUUUAUUAAUAUAAUGCCUAAAUCUCAUAAAAGUACAUUACAUCAAAAUAUGUCAUUUAAAAAGAUUGAAUCUUUUGCAAAUAAGACAAUAUUGUCUGAUUCAAGUACAGUAUCUUCAAACAGUAUGCACAGUUUUAAUGUUAACACUGUUGAUAAUUUAAAUGACACUAUCACUAACCAAUUAUCAUCAAAUACAAUGAAGGAAUAUAUGCCCCUUUGUGUAGAAAAUUCAAUGAAUUCGAAUUCUACAAUUUUUCAAAAUUCAUUUACAAAUCAAGAAUCACAGGUAUCUUCAACACCUGUUAACAAUAACAGUGCAGUAUUUAAUUCCAUACCGUUGUACAAAAGGAGUGCGAUGGAUUGUUAUUCAUUAAAUGACAGUUUGAGUACAUUAAGUACACUGUCAUUGAGUGAAGAUAAACCAAAAUAUACAACUAAAGCACCUAAGAUUUUUGAAAAGAAGGUAUAUAGUACAAAAAGUUCUGAGCUCUUUAAAAAGUCUGGCAAAAAACAUAUUUUGUCACCACCGAAACUAAAAUCAGUAACGCAAACAUCAUGGGUAGCUGGCGGUUAUUGGCAAGAAGGCAUCGACGCACCAUCAUUAUCCAGAUCGUCUAGUCAAAGUUCUGGUUUUGGUUCCGUGGGUUCUAAUUUUGGCCCAUCUAGAGAACCAUCUAUACAUGAAUUUGAUCAAUGUUCAGUUAUGUCAGAUGCAACACAAUCUGGCUAUACUUUGAGGCAAAGUAACAGUCCCGUUGGUACCUUCUGUCAACAGAGCCUGCAGUUUCCAUUGUUAGAACCGAGAAAUCAAGCGGUUAGUAACCAAACGAUGAAACUUACAUCACCUAACCUUUUCACUCCACAGACAUUACUAUUACCUCAGAAUCACAAAAGAAAUAAUUCAGUUUAUAUGGAUCAGUGUUUACAAGGACAAAAUAUGAAUGUAAGCGAUAUUAAAAAUCCUGAAAUGCAAAUGUUACCUAGUCAUACCACUAUUGUAACAAGCCCCGUUUGGUUACCAACACUUUUAUGUGGUUCACUUGUGUUGAAUAUAAUCGUGUUGUGUACUACUUUGUUACGUUAA